UCAUUCAAGCAGCGACAGCGCAAGCGACAACAUCAACAACCUCCAAUACAGCAAAGAAAAACAAAAAAAGCUCCAAGCAAAGAGUGUGGCAAAAAAAUAUAUAUAUAUUGUGUAGCUGGUGGCACAGCAAAAAGUGCAAAGCAACAAAAAUAAAAAAAACUGCAAAAAAAAAACAUACAACAGCCAAAUAUCAAAAAAUCUCUAAGCAGAGCGAACAAGUUUAUAUUUUUUUUGUGUGUGCGUUUCGUUUUUUGCUGUCUUGCAGUAUAAUCUUUUGCGUUUCGUUUCGCUGUCGUCGCCAGUUGUCCCACUGUACCACAGUGCACAGUGCAAAGUUAAAGCAUUCGCGGAGUUGCGCUGAGAGUGAGAGUUUGAGUGAUUGAGUGAGUGAGAGAGGCUCGUAUCGUGAGUGUGUUAGUGGUGUGAAACAAACUCUUUUGUUUGGUUCGAUUUGAUUCGAUUUGGAUUUGGAUUUGUGUGGUGUCGAAGAAGUUGAUUCACAAUUCACGUUGAAGACGCAACGCAAAAUCGUUGAAAAUUCAAAUGCUACGUUCACAUUUCGAAUGCUGCUGCCGUUGUCAGCCGCUGAGAACUAAACCUAUAACGACGAAACAAACGCAACAUCAGCAGCGAUAUCAGAAACAACAACGUCGACAAAAAUUUACGGCCACGGUAAAGAGUUAAAAAAAAAACCCAAAAAAAUAAACAAACAAACACAACAGCAAAAAAUAUGAAAACACAUAGAAAAACAUUUGAGCAAAAGCAAUUGAAAAAAUAAAAUAAAACGUUCGUUUUAUUAACAGCAAGGAAACUUCAAAUUAAGCAACAAAGCUAAAAAAUAAUGGAUUUUUAACAAAGUAGCAAGAGCGUACUUCUGGUGCAGGUGCGAAGAGGACGACGAAUCAACAUCUACGCGAAGAAGUAGCAGGCGAACAGGAAGAAGAAGAAGCAGCAGUCUAAGCUAGACGUGUAGCAGGAGACCCAAAAAGAGGGGGACAACAACAACAGCAAGAAGAAGAAGAGGAGGAAGAACAAGAAGAAGAAGAAGGAGAAAAGAUGAUACCCACAAGCGUGACAAAUUCGCCGCCCGUCUCCGCUGGCCUCGCCCAGAAUGGAGCCGCUGUUGUAGGCGGCAACAAUGGGGCAGGCGGAGCAGCAGCAACUGCUGCUGGGGCAGCAACAACAGCAACAGCAGCUGCGGCACAACAGAACAUGUACAGCUCCAUUGUGCUGGGCCUGGCCUCUCUCAUCCUGGAGGGCAGGCCCAUAGCAGACGACGAGUAUCAACUCCAGCAACAGCAGCAGCAGCAACAGCAACAACAACAGCAACUGAUGGUGGGCAGUGGACGCCUCUCGCCACGCCCAUCGACCUCGCGGGCAGCCAUCAACAUUACAACGAAUCCUUAUGCCUUGACAAGCGGCACACCACGCACGCCUUUUGGCCCAGGACACGGCUCAAGUGGCAGCCACAGCCACAACAGCAACAGCCACAGCAGCAGCAACAGCAGUCAGGCGACACAUCAGCGCUGGACACAGAAGCUUUGCCAGCUGCGUCAGCUGUCGCCGGCAGCGCAGAGCAUGAGCGUGGAACCCGAGCUGGUGGCGUUGGCCAUCAACGAGCUGAAUGCGGAGCGUGGCGACUUUGAGAUUGUGCGACGUGUCAUGUUGAAUCGGGCAGGACUGGGAGGAGGUCUUGGAGGUGGCCUGGGAGGCGGAGCAGGUCUUGGAGGAGGAGCAGCUGCAUCUCUAGGCGGCGGUGGAUCUGGCGGAGCUGUGCCAGCUGCACUUGGCACUGCCACGAAUAGUUCCAGUGCGGCCAGCUCGCCGGGAUCCGCCUCCGACAACAUUCUUCACUCGCUGCAAUCCCUGGCAACGACCUGUUUGCGUGGCGGACCCGUUGUGCCCGCCGAGACGCGUCCGUUGAGCCUGGCCCUGGCCUCCACAUCGAGUGCAGCCAGUUUGCUGGACUACAAUUGCAGUCGCAGUGGCUUAGGAGGCGGAGGAGGAGUUGCUAUACCUGCAACUGGUUUGGGAGUUGGACAUGGUUUGGGAGCAUCUACAACUGCAACAGCAACAUCAACAUCAACAACUGCCACUGCCAGCAGCGACGCAGCUGGAAGCAGCUGCGCAGCGAGGCCCAAGCAUGGGCCACAUUGUGAUCAGUUCCUCAGGAAGAUGGGGCUCGCCAAGGGCGAUGCUCCCGAUGCCGAGGAGCAUUUCUGUGAUAUGUCUUACGUAAAUAUAACCUGUUCCCGUUGGCGAGCGCAUUGCCUGAAGAUGGAGGCGAUUCUGGCGCGUCGGGAGCCCGUUUGCAUCGAGGUUUAUCUGGGUCCCGCUGGCCACAAGAUAUUGCUCGAACAGUGGAUCAUCAGCGGCAAGGAGAAAGUGCCACCGCCGACGAUGACGCUGCCAUCGCUGUGCAGCGCCAUCCGCAGUCAGCUGUACUUCUCGCAGAUUGUGGCCUGGUGUGAUCUGCUGCGCAAGUGUGAUCCUUCUGUUUAUGACAGCGGUCGCGUGAUCUUUGCCAGCUCGAAUGCGAACAACGCCGGCGAUCUGGCGACGACAACGACGCCAACGCUGCUCGGAGGAGGUGGAGGAGGCGGAGUUAUGCGACGACCGCGUCUCAACAUCUUCUACAGGAUACGAGCGCAUGAUGCGAAUGCCACAAGCGGGCAGAACGAUGGCGGCUUCAAUGCCAAGGCGACGGUGCACAACUUUCCGCACGUGAACAUUGCCGAGAACUUUAGUGUGGCGGUGUGUGUGAAGAGUUUGCCACGCUUCAACGGCGGUCUGCCGCAUGUGGCAACACCAACACCGCCGCCGCCGCAGCAGUCGGUGGCAACAAGUCGAGCAAAGCCAGAGGCGAGCACACCGACCGGAGGUGGAGGGAUGUGUGCGGCAACGCCAACGGGAUUGGGGGCACGCAUUGCCAACAGCAAUGCGGCCGCAAGCAGCUGUGAUAAGUAUGCAACAAGCACGAAGCAAAGGCAGCAACAACAGCAGCAGCAGCAACAGCAAUCGAAACACUUGCAACGGCAACGCGAGCAAGCUGAGUUGUUGGAGCUGCAGCUGGACUUGGAUCUGGAUGCGGAUGCGGCAGCUGGAGCGGAUGAGCUGGACGGACAUCGCGAGCGACAGUUGCAAAAGUAUCGCAAGCGGAUGCAGCGACGCGACAAGAAACGCGAACGCAAACCCUCCGAGCAGCAAGUGGAGGCCAUGGACGAGGGCAGCAGCAGCGAGGUGGCCAUGGUCAUGACACUGACAGCGGCGACGCCGCGUCGCCAAGGCAUCGCCAUGAUCUCGACGGGCACACAAACGUCGCUGAGCAGUUGCCAGCAAUGUGGCAGCGAGAAGACGCUGCUCUGCCUCAACUGCAAUUGCAAUGGACAGCAUCAUGGAGAGGGCGACAAAGAUGAUGACGACGACGAUACGAGCGCCUCGGAAAUGGAUGACAUGUCCAGCUGCAGUCUGAGCAGCUCUGAUCUCAUUGUGGGCACGCCGCGCAACAAGGCCGAGCUGCUGUUGCAAGCCAUUCAGCGCACGCCAAAGAAUCGCAAACCCACCGCGCCCAAAGAUCUCAAAGCUGGACGAGAGUUGAAGCAGCCAUUGCCGUCCUCCAAUUCAGUUCAGCAGCAACAACAACAGCAGCAACAGCAGCAGCAGCAGAACAACAAUCAGCACAAGCCAUCGACGGCGCCGUCGAGCGGUUGUCAGGUGUGCAAGCGACAGAAGACGCAGCACAACUUCAGCAACGGACAGCAGCAGAGUGCCAGGGAGAGCAAUGGACAUGCCAGUGAUAGCAACAGCAUGGAACAGGAGCAGCAACAGCAGCAGUCUUCUUCGACCAAGCUGACGCCCAAUUUGGAACGCUGUUCGUUGAAUGCGCCGCAGGAACGUUGCAAAACUCCGCCAGAGCAGUCAGUGAAUGGAAGCGGAGGAAGCGCCACAACUGCUGCUCUGGAGGAACGCCUCGUGGUGCAGUUCAAGACACCCAUCAGUCAUGUGCCGCUCAAGCAGCAAGAGUUCCUGACGGCGCCACUCACGGUGCAGCCGCCCAAGCUGCCGAAUCAGUUGCGAUUGAACUGCAGCGGAGCAACGUUGCUGGACAGGGAGACGCCACCGCCAAUGUUGUCUCCACAGCUGCGCAAAGCGUUGCCCAAAGUCAAUCUGACGACGAUCUUUUGUGGCAGCGGCAGCAGCAGCUCGGCUCCAAUUGCCAUUGACAACAGUCUCGCCUUUUGCUUUGAGCCCUCAACACUCAGUCAAGCGCAUUCGCAAUCGCUACUAACGCCUCCCGAGGCGGGGAAUUUGCCCGUGCAGAAAUCCUACUCGGCACCCACGUUGCCCAACGCUUUGGCGGUGUCGCCUCGUUUCGCUAAGCAGGCGGCUUUCUACAAGCGACGAUCGCGACAUCUCAGCGAUCGCAGUGAUCGCAGCUCGCUCGGUUCCGAUGAGCAGCUGUCCGAUGAGGAUCUCGAGUCGGGAAUGUGCAGUCCGGCGGGUUCGCCACUCAAGUCGCGUGCUCGCCUCGCUUCGCAGUUCACUGGGCGACCUUUGCUCGGGAAUCUGGAGGAAUCGUUGCUGCAGAAGCGUCUGCUACCGAAGAUCGAAGUCGCUGGCUUUCGUCUGCAGCUGGGCGCCUCGGGUGGCUUUUGUCCCACACAGCUGACCAUUCCGGCCUCGUCGUACUUCUACGAACUGCACGGCGAGACGCUCAGCACACCUUACCUGUGCGAGAUUCGUCUGCCACGCAAGGGUUACUUUGUGCCCCGUUCGGGGACUGUGCAGGCAACGCUGUUGAAUCCCAUGGGCACCGUGGUGCGCAUGUUUGUCAUUCCCUAUGACAUGCACGAUAUGCCACCUCUGCAUCGCACCUUCAUUCGCCAGCGCAUUCUUGCCGAGGAGCUUCUGCCCGACAUCGAUGCUUGCACCGCAGCCGCUUCACUUAAUCCGUUGCCGCAACGGACGAGGAAGGAACGGGAGCGAGAGCCAAGCAGUCCAACGGCAGCGACGAGCACCACCGGCAAGCUGGGACACUUUAUCAGCGCCGAGCAGAUGAAGCGAUUGCGCUACUCCAUUCACCUGAGAUUCCAGACAUCUCGCUCGGGUCGUUUGUCGCUGCACACAGACAUUCGUCUGCUGAUCUCAAGGCGCACAGACUGCGACACAGCAGCGGCGCAUGCCAAAGGAUUGCUGGAGGCACCUAACGAGCUGGUGACGGACACGCUGAUGCCCACUGAGCCGCGUUACAGUGCGAGGCAGGAGAGUCCCGGCAAGAUUUAGUAGUUGCUGCAGGCACUGGCGUGUGUUGGCUGUGGAAGUGGCAGAAAGGAAGCAGACGAAGCAAGUGAUGCAAGUGGCGAAAGAGAAGAAGAAGGCGAGGAAGAAGUGAAGGAAGAUGAUGGAGGAGAAGAAAGUGAAGGUGGCAGCUUUGUGCGUGGCCUGUGGAAGCAGCUGCAGGCGCGUUGGCAACUCUGGCAGCAAUAUCCCAAAUAUCAAUUGUAGAGCAAAGAUUCACACUUUUGGACAGCGGGAAAUGAGACAAUUUCCCCACAACAUAAACACACCUACACACACAAUAGAAGAACAACACCUACUGCAUUGUUAGUCAGAGUCUCCUGCUCUUUUGUUUUUAAGUCACCAACAAAUUUAGUUUGAAUUGAAAUUGUGAGAGAAGAUUACGAAGUCGCAAGUGCAAGUCGAUAUACACAUAAGUAUAUACAACACACACACACCUACACACACACAUCUAUAUCUAUACAUGUAUAGAUAACUCUGUGGUUAAUAUGCCUCUCUGAUCUAUCAUUUAUAUAUAGUAUAUAAAGGGGGCCACAUCUAACAAACAAAACAAAACAAAAAACAUAAAGAAGAGAAAAUAAGAAAGAAAUAUCUCAAUUUACACUUUACACUGAAUCCUUGGGCCUUGGCCCAUUUAGCAAUACUAAGAAUUAGUUACAACAAAUCAUACAUACAUAGAUAUUAUGUAUACGCAAUAUACGAGUGUACUGAGUGAUGAAUGAAUGCGUUUGAAAUGUGAAUAUGUGUGUGAAUACUACUAAUCAACAAAAUUAGUAAGCACAAUAAACAGUGACAACUGUUGCCUGAGAAAGUCGAGUCUACACUCAAUUAUGUUGUGAAUAUGAAAAUGCAAGGAAUUGUCAAAGUUUAGAUUACAACUAUUCUGUUUUUUUCAAGAUAAGAAAAGCUUGAUAUGCUUUAGUUAAAAGUGAAUGACUAAAAAAGCAAAGAGAAGCAAAAAAAACUUCGAGAUAGAAAUCAACUUAUUAGAUUGAAGAUGAAGAAUUGUGAAUGAGUUUUCGAAAUUUAGACUCUACUUCAGUUUUCUAUGAAACACUAUCAGAUAUAUCAUAUAAGAUAUAUAUCAGAUAUUUACCAAGAAAAGUUCGAUAUGCUUCGGAUAAAAAUGAGUAAAAAAAAACGACCAAAUCAAAAAGAGAAAAUACGCUUCAAGAACAAAAAUUCUGAAACGAUUGUUUGUUGUGAAGAAUUCUAAAAGAAAAGUUAUCAAAAUGUAAACGUUAAGUUUUCAAUGUUUUCUAUGAAUUUCUAUCAGAUGAACCGAGAAAAGUUUGAUAUGAUUCAGUUAAAGAGGAGUUAAAAAACAGUCAAGUGAUGUGACAAAAGUAAAUCACUAAAAUAAAAUAGAAAAGAAAAUUUCUUUUUUUUUUCUUCGAUUUGGAAAUCAACUUAUUAACAAAUUGAUCAUCUUAAAUACUAAAUUUCGAGAUGUUUGUUCAAAGAAUUGUGAAUGAAAGGAUCAAUUAUCACAAUUUAGAUUCUGCUUAAUUUUCCAAUACUUUCUAUGAAAUUCUAUCAGACCUACCAAGAAAAGUUUGAUGUGAUUUAGUUAAAAAUGAGUAAAGAAAAAGUCAUGUGAUGUGAAUAUGAGAGAAAAAGGAAAAACGAUUUUUUUUCUUAAAGUUGCAAAUCAACUUAUAAACAAAUUUUUCAUAAAAAAGAAAAACUUAGUAACAAAUUUGUUCAUAUUAAAUAUUCAAUAAUGAAUGGAUUGUGAAAGGAUGAAUAUUUAAAUGGAAACAUAAUUUUUCAAUACCAGCUCGAUAUGCUUGUCGAAUGAGUUGACGAAAGUGAGACGUAAAAAUAAUAAGGAAAGUUGAAAAAAGUUGAAGAACAACUUAUUAAAAGUGCAUUAUACAAUCUAUAUCUUUAUUAUGGAACGAUUUUUCUAAUGAUAUAGAAAUUCUUAAUUCAAAUUUGAAUUUGAAAACAUUUUUCUAAUAAUUAUACUAUCUAUAUCUUUAUUAUGGAAUGAUUUUUCAAAUGAUAUAGAAAUUCUUUAUUCAAAUUUUGAUGUGAGUGUUUGAGACAAUAUUAAUUAUUGAAUUUGCGAGUUUUGUUAAAGCAAAGCAAAGUAUGAACAAAUUAUAAUUGACAGAGUUUGCUGCAAAGGCAAAUAGAAAAGUAAGUUACCCGAAGCAAUAUAAAGCUCAAUACAGCAAAAGAUUUAGGAAUAUGACUUGAAAACUUGAACAGGAGGAAAGAAGAAAGAAGAUGAUAUAGAAUUUGUUGAAUUUUAAGUGAGGUGAUUCACAACAUAAUUGAGGUGUCUUUGGCAGCUGAAAUCGCCUGCUCGAUUGUGUGCGAAAAAAAUAUAUAUUUAUUGACUUGUGCGAAUGCAAUUUUAACCAAAAUAAAUGCAGUAGUAUUUCAAAAAGCGUAGGGAAGAAGAAGAACAAAGAGAGUGAAAGUUGGGGUUAAAUUGAAUGAGAGUGUGAAAGUGUGUGCGUGUGGGUGUGUGUGUGUAGAGGAGCUCACAUCGAUCGUUGUUGUUAGAGUAGUGUAUGGAUCUAUUUAUCAAAUCAAUUCAAUAACUUUUCUGCAAUUCAUUUUCUAAUAGUUUCAUGUGAAUUUUGUUCAAUUUGUUUUAUGGAAGAGCGUGCCUGUGAUACGAUGUGAGCUGCCUGUGAGAGGGGUUGAAGUUGGGGUUGGGGCAGGGAGGGGAAGGUACAAUAAUUACAAGAAAAGAAAAGAAAAUAAAAUGUGUAGAACUUUAGUUAAAUACAAUUAAAAACAAUUUAUGUUGAUUGAAACAUGCAAUGCAAUCUAAAUCUACUUGGUUAUUAGUUUUGUUUUAUUUUUGAUUCAAAUUGUGCGAUCAAUGCACAACUCUGUACUUCAAUAAUAAUGAAAUAGUUUGCGUACACGCAUACAUACAUAGCAAUAUGUACAUGUGUAAAUGUAGUACAUACUCGAGACACUGUGUUAAAUUCUAAUACUAUAUAACUCUUAUUUCAAUUGAUACCUGACUAUAACUAUGUAUAACUAAACUAAAACUACCGCUAUUAACAAAUUUUCAAUCUAGUUGGUAAACGAAACAAACAUAAAUAAUGUACACACCCGACACCAACACCAAUAAACACACAAAUACACACACACACACUAAAAAGCAAAUCUUUUUUUGUAUUUUUCUUGAAUAUUUGUUUAACUGUUUUUAAGUAGUGAGCUUAAUGUGCCCAGUCAAUAGCAAUUAUACAAGUAUAACACCAAUAUACAACAAAUGAUUCAAAUAAAGGGUUUUGUGUUUUUAAUCCAAA